AUUUCCAGCAUGUCGCUCCCCUUGGCCAACAUGCAUGGCGGCGGAGGCAUGGACGAUGCGCAUCGCGCAUCCUUGGAGGAUGGCGAAGAUGAGAAUGACACCAUAGAUCUAGACGAUGACGAAGACGACUCGGAUGACUUGGAUAUGGAGAAGGACAGGGGCGGGGAUCGGCGAAAGCAAUGGACGCACCUCGACGACCAGUGCAUCCUGCACUUUGUCCAGCAACACGGGACCAAAAGGUGGUCGAAAAUUGCUAAGCUCUUGCCGGGAAGAACACCUAAGCAGUGCCGCACAAGGUGGCUCAACUUCCUCGAUCCGACGAUCGACAAGGCCCCUUGGCGCGCCGACGAAACAGAGGUUAUCUUUGCAGCCCAAGCGCGCGUCGGCAACCGGUGGGCUGAAAUCGCCAAGCUCCUACCUGGCCGUACGGACAAUGCAAUCAAGAAUCACUGGUAUUCAACAUCACGUCGAAGGCAACGACAAGCGGCCAAGCAGCGCGACCAAGUUACGAAGCGGGUCAAGACCAUUAAACCUAUUCAAAGCUCGACCAAGCAAAAGAAACAGUCGUCGGGGAAUUCGUCUACAACGACAAGUUCGGACGUUCCGCCGCACACCCCGCGCCGACUUGCACCGUUGGACUUUUACGACGAAACGUCUCCGCCGUCGUCCGCCACGAGUACGUCAUCGUCUCUGGGCCUGCAGAACCAACCGUCGGCGUGGCAUUUCGUCACUCCCCCCAACCAAAACACGUCCCCAAACUUUGGUUCGUUCCACAUGCCGCCGCUGCGUCCAUCUGGCCCCGCGUUGCUCGGGCCAUCGUGCAGUGCGCCGACCGUCCAAGUCAAAGUAGCGCCGCUCGAGCUUAAGCACAAACGGCUUGACUCGGUCCUGAAGCAGCACCAGCGCAACCGCAGCAAUUCUGCCGACCUCUUUCUCGAUUUUGUAACCAACGUGCAAAAGUAACCCAGUAGAAUACCUUGUCGUACUCGA